CUGCGUCCGGUCGCGAUGGAAGGGCGCGACUAUGAAGUGUUCUUGAGCUUCAGAGGACGGGACGUGCGCAGGGGCUUCGUCAGUCAUCUCUACGCCCGUCUCAGAGAUGCGGGAGUCCGUACGUUCGAAGCCGGCGAGUAUCUCCCCAUCGGCGAAGAGAUCGGCCCGCGUCUGCUCGGAGCGAUUGAGCAAUCAAAGAUCUCCAUACCCAUCUUCUCUGAAGGGUAUGCUUCUAGCAAAUGGUGCCUUGACGAGCUCGCUCGUAUGGUGGAUUGCAGGAGUAGGAAGGGACAGAUAAUCAUGCCUAUUUUCUACGAUGUCCAACCAUUCGAGGUUCGACGCCAAACCGGAGGUUACGGGGAGGCCUUUCUUGGGCACGAGGAGCGAGUGGACGAUAUGACCAUCUGCAAGUGGAGAGCUGCUCUCAUUGAGGUUGGAGGGUUAAGGGGAUGGAACGUGGCUAACAGCUUAGGCGGAGAAGCUUCAAUCAUCGAUGGAGUUGUCGCAAAUGUGUUGAAGGUAUUGAAUAGAUACUUUGUUGGAAUCGAGCAUCAUGUGGAGGGAGUUGUGGAAUUACUAAAUGUGGAAUCUAGUGAUGUUCGUGUAGUUGGAGUACAUGGCAUAGGGGGCACCGGGAAGACAACCAUUGCCAAGUCCAUCUACAAAAGAAUUUCUCAUCUCUUUGAUGGCUGUAGCUUUCUGGAGAGCGUUAGAGAAAAUGUGAAAAAACCAGGAGGUUUAGUUAAUUUGCAAGGUCAGUUGAUUUCUGACCUUCUAGGUGAAAUGCAUAGACCAACUCGUAUUGUCGUUGACGGGGCUAAGUCCCUUAGAAGCAGAUUCUUGCACAAAAAAGUUCUGAUUGUUCUCGAUGAUAUUGAACCAAGCUUUGACCUUACCCCAGUUUUAGGAAUUCUUGAUUGGUUAGGCUCUGGAAGCAGGAUCAUAAUCACUGCCAGAGAUGAACAAGCUUUAGAUGAGCUUAAAGUGUUCCUGAAGUAUAAGGUCAUGGGCAUGCAACAAGGUGACGCCCUUAAACUUUUCCUCGCCCAUGCCUUUGAGGGGAGAUCUGCUCCAGAUGACUUUGCCACUCUGUCUGAAGACAUUGUAUCAACUAUGGACCGGCUUCCACUGACUAUCGAGGUUGUCGGCUCGUAUCUAUUUUCUAAGAGCAAGGACGCGUGGGAGCGGACAUUAGACGAGUUGAAAAAAGUACCUGAGCAAGUUCAACAGAAGAUGAUGGUAAUCAUCGAAGAAUUGCCUGACAAGCAAAGACAGAUAUUUCUGGACAUUGCUUGUUUCUUCGUUGGAGAGGACGAAAGUGUUACAUGCUACCUGUGGUCUGACCUUGAUUCGGCAAGCAGAGUGGAAUUAGAAGGGCUCGUCCUCUCGUCCAUUGUUAAGAUUGAGAAUAAAAAGCUAUGGAUGCAUGAUGAACUUCGAGAGCUAGGUAGGAAUAUGGUCAAAUGUGAACAUCAUGAACCUGGAAAGCGCAGCAGAUUGUGGAUUCACGAGGAAGCCUCAGAUGUGCUCAUGGAGAAAAAAGGAACGGAAAGUGUUGAAGGUGUUCUUCUCAAAUUUGACAGUAGGUCACAAUGCAGUUUUAGUCCAGCACAUUUUGCGAGUACAUCCAACAUGAGAUUCCUUCAAUUGGAUCAGGCAAACCUCGAAGGGAAUUUUGAGCGGCGUCUGUCAAGUUUAAGAUGGCUCCAUUGGCAAGGUUGUCCUCGGAAUCUUGGUGCUGAAAAUUUGGAUUUGAAAAAGUUGGUUAUUCUAGAUCUUUCCUGGAGCAAGGUCAAUGAAAAAUGGAAGGGUUGGAGUGAAAUCAAGAAAGCAGAGAAUUUGAAAGUUUUGAACCUCACCGGUUGUGUUGACUUGGUCAGAACUCCAGACUUAUCUUCUUAUAAACGUCUAGAGAGAUUGAUUCUUGAAAACUGCAUUUGGUUGGUAGAAAUUGAUUCAUCAGUAAGAAGUCUGCAGCGCUUGGUUUCACUGAACUUGAGGUUUUGCACUGAACUCAAUAAGUUGCCUGAAGAGCUGGGUGUCAUGGAAUCCUUGGAAGAAAUUCUUCUAGAUGGAACUGCUGUUCAAGAAAUUCCUUCCUCCAUCGGUCACAUGAAAAAUCUCAGAAGAUUCAGCGCCUGCAACUGUCUUUCAUUGAUCCAGCUGCCUGAUUCAAUGAGCCAGGUUAAAUCUUUGAGCGUCCUUGCACUGAAUGGGACCAAAUUAACUAAACUUCCCACGUCUAUUGGAGAGUUAGAAAGGCUACAACACUUGUCAAUAAGUCAUUGUAGGUCGAUAUUGAAGUUACCAACUUCCUUGGGGACUUUGGCUUCAUUGAUCGAACUUGAUCUAUCAAGCACUGCAAUUGUUGAAUUACCUGAUGAUGUCGAAAAGUUAAAUCUUUUGAAAGUCCUAAAAAUAGAUUUUACUUUUGUAAGAAAGCUGCCUGAUGCUAUAUGGACGUUGAAGAGGCUGGAAGAGCUGCACGCUUCAAGAUGUCGGAGUUUGGAUGGGGAAAUUCCUAGAGAUAUUGAGAAGCUUUCGGAAUUGAGGGUCUUAAAGCUUGGAUACUCUCGGAUUCAUGGUCUAUCAGAUAAAAUUUCUAGACUUUCCAAACUCCAAACGCUCGAUCUGCUUCAUUGUGACAAGCUCCGUAAGGUGCCCAAGCUUCCUUCCACUUUAAUAAGCCUCUCUGUCAGUUCUAAAUUGAUGGACACAAUCCCGGACAUCAGUAACCUUGUUAAGUUAGGAGAGUUAUUCGUGGCUGAUGGAUCCCAGGAACAGGUGUUACCUGUCGAACGUCAAAUUGAGGCAAUAGGAUGCACUAAUUUGCAGCUCGGGAGUUUGCUAGAGCUAACGAUAUUGCAGCUAUCUGUGUUGAAGAUCCAACCCGCUGGGUUGCAUCACCUUAUGAAGCUCAGGAAACUCUCCCUUUGCUGCAUUCACUUGGAAGAGCUACCACACCUUCCUCCAGUUUUAGUCACUCUAUCACUUCGCCAUUACAAAUCGCAGAAAAAUUUUCCCGAUCUUUCACAUUUGCAGCUCCUGUCAGAAUUCGAGCUUUUCGACUGUGCGUUAACAGAAGUUCCGGGCCUCGGGAAGUUCAAAUCCUUGCGAGUUUUCAGAAUAUCUCACUGCAACCUGCAACAGCUGGAUGAGCUGGAAAACUUGGUACUUUUAGAAUCAUUGAAUGUUUCGUACUGUCAAAGUCUUAGGGAACUUCCCGAUCUAUCAAAACAGAAGUGGAACCAUAUUAAAAUCAAGGGCUGUCCGAACAUUCCUGAUAUUAAGAGUGUGGAACACCUGAAUUCCUUCGAGAAGCCAAGCAGUUCAAUGAUUGAGGCAGAAAGCUCAGCCAAGGUGGAGUUUAGCAAACCAGCUAAUACCGAACCUUCUUCCAUUCAGGGUGUCAAACGCAAAUACAAAGCUGUUUCUCCAACUGAUAAGACUACAUCAGGGAAGGACGAUUGCAUCACUUUCCAUGUUGAUGAUGAAGAUACAGAUGAAGGUAACGUUCUAGAAAGGAAGAAGAAUAAAUCUGCUAAAAGCAUUGCCUUGGCGAUUUUUGACAAGCCCAGUCUUCCUCCUAAAGCUCGAGCAAAAUCUCCCAAGUCUGACAAGCCAAUCACUGAAACUAUGGGCACUUCUAACUUGUCAAGUUCUCCCUCUGUUGGAGUUUCAUCAACCACAAGGGGUAGAGUGACGACUGUCGCUUCCAAAUUCAGCAGUCAGUCCAUUUUCGGAAACAAACGAACACGCUCUUUUUCAAAUAAAUCAAACAUAAGUUGUGUUGAGCCUGAUAAGGAUUCCAGUUUGUCGGUGGAUCUGAUAGGGCCCGAAACUACUGGCAUCUCUCCAUCGACAGAUGGGACGAGGUCUGAGACAAUGGAUGCAUCUCUCAUUCCUAGUACGGACAAUCAAACGGAAGGGAUCACCGAUGGCAUCCAUCAGAGGCUGUCGGUUCAAACUACUCCUGCACUUUUGCUUCUCCCAGGGCCAAGACAAGGCACUGAAGGGGAUUCAUUAUCCAUUCCACCGCCUCCAGUGAGUGAAGCUGUUGAUUCGAGGUCUUCUCUGGCAAGGCAGUACGAAAACAUUAACAGCCCUGCAAUCGUCGAUGGUCAUGAGCCCUCGUCGAUGCCCGUUCCUGCUGUUAAUCCAUCACCAUCAUCUCCUGGGCAUUCAUUGCCACAACCAGUGGGUCGAACUGAUGUUGCGGAAUCUUCAAGUUCUUCUGCCAAAGCCAAGGUUGCUCUUGAACAGGUCGCAAGGAUACUACACUCCAGGGUCACUAACUCCAGUAAUGUUACAUCCGAAGCCUUGUUAGCAUCUGUCAUUACUGAUGAAGUGAUUAAGGCUAAAUGGACCGAGUUUCUCGAACUCUCCCAUGGUGGUUUCCCAUCGAUUGCAAAUGACCCGGUAAUCACCAAGCGGCUUAAGGCUUUAGCAAAUGAACUAUGUGGUAGUGAUAUCCGUUUCACAAAGUCUCUCAGGUUCAAGAAACAGUGUCAAGAUUUCUUGGCUGAAUUUCUACAUGGGAUAGACACUUAUCAACAAAACUGCGAAAGAAUCGCUGUUCUGGUAGUCUCGGAAAAGGACUGUCGAUAUCCUCAUAGCUCCAUCGAGGAAGUCUGUCGUAGCUUGAAGAUCAAACAAGAUGCCCUGCAGACUUUGGUGAAUGACCGGGCUGGCCUUGAUGCUGAGGAGGCAGACCUUGAGAGACGACUAGGCGAAGUUAGAAAUCAACAGAGACUCAAAGACAUCCAAAUGGCUCAGAUUGAAGGGGCUUUGUGGCAGGAUAUUGGUUCUUUUAAUACACUGAUGGGUGAGAAAAAUCGACUCGACGAGGAGAUGGCCGAGAAGCGACGCAUCAAGAAUAAGCUUUUACUUGAAAAUAGUCGGUUUGACCAUAUCAUGUCAACUUUCCAAAGAGAAGUCAGGGACUUUGUAAACAACAUGUAAUCAUCGAGUGCAUUUUAACUUCCCGGCCACGAUCCUCCUUUUCGCGUUUCCUCUUGGGGAAACGGGAUAAGGAAGAGGUGUGGAGGUAUUGUCUAAAGGCGGGCCAACUAUCCUCGAUUAGAUGCGGGCUCUCCCAAAUUCAUAUCUUACGCGAUGUUGGAUUUUGUUUUAAUUUUGAUUUAGCCUAAGGGAUUCUAGAAGUCGAUUAGGCUGUCGAGAUCGGCUAGAAACCAAACUAGGAACCAAACAA